CACUCGGGGGCGAGUGGCGGGUUGGGCACGCGAGCGCCUCGGUAAUAAAGGGGGCGGGCUACCGGCGCGCGCCGGGGCCAAUCCAAGAUGGCCGUGCUGGCGGUGCACCUCCAGUCGGACGCUUUCUUAGUGGCCCUCAACCAUGCCCUCAGCACCGAAAAAGAGGAGGUCAUGGGGCUCUGCCUUGGCGAGGUGGAAGUCGGCAAGAUUGUCCACAUCUACUCUGUCAUCGUCCUGAGACGUUCAGAUAAGAGAAAGGAUCGAGUGGAGAUUUCUCCUGAGCAACUUUCUGCUGCUUCUUUGGAAGCAGACAGAUUGACUGAGCUGACUGGUCGUCCCAUGAGAGUUGUGGGGUGGUAUCAUUCUCAUCCCCACAUAACUGUGUGGCCAUCUCAUGUUGAUAUUCGCACCCAGGCCAUGUAUCAGAUGAUGGAUGAGAGCUUUGUGGGACUUAUCUUCUCCUGCUUCAUUGAGGACAAAAACACCAAGACUGGCCGCGUGCUCUACACUUGCUUUCAGUCCGUUCAGACUCAGAAGGGCUCCGAGUAUGAGAGAAUUGAUGUCCCUCUGCACGUUUUGCCUCAAGACACCAUGGGGAAAGCAUCCCUCGAGGCAGCCAUUGAAUUGCCUAGGAUUCUGUGCCAGGAAGAACAAGAUGCCUACAGAAAAAUCCACAGCCUUACCCACCUGGAUGCUGUGACAAAGAUCCACAAUGGCUCAGUGUUUACCAAGAACCUGUGCAAUCAGAUGUCGGCCAUCAGCGGCCCCCUCAUGCAGUGGCUGGAGGACAGACGGGAUUAUAAUCGCAAACUGCUGCUACAGUUGGAGCUCGAGAAGGUGGCCUUGCAGGAGGAGCUCGAUAGCCUGGAUUAAAGCCAAUGGUGUAUUCUCAAUAAACAGUGUAUCUGCUUCAUGACAA